CAUUCUUGUCUGCAGUCACAUACAGUAGUAAUUGGCGCUUAAUCCAAUCGUGUAAUUUGGUUAAGGUCCAUGGCGAUCAGGUCUUUGCUGCUCCCUCUGGCCCUGCUGGUUCUCGCAGCAGCUAGCUCGGCAGCGGUGGCUCAGCUGGAGAUCGGCUUCUACAGCAAGACAUGCCCGGACGCCGAGAAGAUCGUCGGCGAGGAGAUGGCCAAGAUCAUCGCCGCCGCGCCCAGCCUCGCCGGCCCGCUCCUCCGUCUCCAUUUCCACGACUGCUUCGUCAGGGGUUGUGACGCCUCUGUCCUGCUCGAAUCCACCGACGGCAACGUGGCGGAGAAGGACGCCAAGCCCAACAAGAGCCUGCGAGGAUUCGGCUCCGUCGAGCGCGUGAAGGCCAAGCUCGAGGCCGCGUGCCCGGGCAUCGUCUCCUGCGCCGACGUGCUCACCCUCAUGUCCCGCGACGCGGUCGUGCUGGCCAAGGGCCCCUUCUGGCCAGUGGCGUUGGGAAGGAGAGACGGAAGGGUGUCCAGUGCCACGGAGGCCAGCAACGAGCUGCCUCCGGCCUCCGGCGACGUUCCUCUGCUCGCCGAGAUCUUCGCCUCCAAGGGCCUCGAUCUCAAGGACCUCGUCGUCCUCUCCGGCGCCCACACGCUCGGCACCGCACAUUGCCCGUCUUUCGCCGACCGGCUCUACAACAACACCGGCGAGAACGGUGCCUCUGGCCUCGUCGACCCGUCUCUGGACAGCGAGUACGCUGACAAGCUGAGGCUCAAGUGCAAGAGCGUUGAUGACCGCGCUAUGCUGUCUGAGAUGGACCCCGGGAGCUUCAAGACCUUCGACACCAGCUACUACCGCCACGUCGCCAAGCGGAGGGGCCUCUUCCGCUCCGACGCGGCGCUCCUCUUCGACAACACCACCAGGGACUACGUCCAGCGCAUCGCCACCGGCAAGUUCGACGGCGAGUUCUUUAAGGACUUCAGCGCGUCCAUGAUCAAGAUGGGCGACGUGGGCGUGCUCACCGGGGCCGAGGGAGAGAUCAGGAAGAAGUGCUACGCCCCCAACUAGAGUUCGUUGAUUCUUAGUUGUUGUAACUGCACUGCAUGCAUGUCUCUCGUAUUAUCCACUGUGGUGUGAUGUAUUAUUGUUAAUGUUACUUAGUAAAUCAUUUCUUGUCCGAAGACCAUGGCGCACCUACAUACGUUAACCCAUGUUUGGCAUUAGUGUUUUCCUGUGUCACUGAGUGCUGCUUAUCAAGGAUAGCAAGUCAUCUUUCGCAGAACGAAAAGAGAUAA